GUUACUUGAAAUGCAUUAUUGCACAUGUUAUUUGUAGCACAGGAGAACAUCUCACCAACCAACUUACAUAAAACAGUUUUUCUUCUAAAUUUAUUUUUAAAGACCAAUUACGCAGAUUGUGUGUGUGUGCGCAAAAUAUAGUUCAACACUCGGAGAGGUAGAGCAUGAAAACAAAUGGAAAGUGAGAAGGGAUUUUCUAGCUGUUCUUAGGGCAGUGAAAUGGCGCGGUAUCGGAGCGGGGGGUCGGUAGUGCAAUGCCCUGUAUGUUCGCAGGAGAUGGAGAGUUUUGAGAUCAACUUUCACCUGGACCACUGUCUCGGUGUCGGGACGACGACGACGAAUGACUCUGGAAAGGAGGAUGUGGGGUGCAGCCGCCGAGGGGAACCCGGCUGCAAGAAAGCGCGUUGGUCCCCGGCGCCGGGCAAUGGAACGUCGCCCGGGAGCCGGCUCGAGGCCGCUGCUGGGUCCCCGGCGCCGGGCAAUGGAACGUCGCCCGGGAGCCGGCUCGAGGCCGCUGCUGGGUCCCCGGCGCCGGGCAACAGGAGACGGGCCGGGAGCCGGCGCGCGGCCGAUGGAGCGCACCUCACGAGCAGGCGCGAGGCCCGGGCUCCGGUCUUUGCCCUCUUCCAACGGGUGCAAAGACCACCCAUCCCUCAGGCCGCCUCUCCCCCCAGGACGGAUGUGCCGGAGAACCCGGGGCUGCAGUGCACUGCUUUCCCCUCUACUGCACCUUCACAGCCUGCGGUCAUUGUCUCUGAAGCAAGUCGGGAAGACCAGGGGAAGCUGGUGCCGUUGCAGCAACUUGAAGCAAAGCCUCUGGCGGAGAUCAUGAGACCCCGUGUUUUAGCAGAACUUACCGGCCAAAAUAAAGUUUUGGGAGAAAACACGCUCCUGAGGACUCUGCUGGAAUCCCAUGAAAUCCCAUCCAUAAUUUUGUGGGGUCCUCCAGGAUGUGGGAAAACUUCAUUGGCCCAUGUUUUAGCAAACAACAGUAGAAAACAGAGCAGUACAAGAUUUGUCAGUCUUUCUGCUGCAAGUGCAACUGUAAAUAAUGUUCGAGAGGUGAUAAAACAAGCUCAGAAUGAACAAAAGCUAUUCAAAAGAAAAACGAUUAUAUUCUUUGAUGAAAUUCAUCGCUUCAAUAAAACACAACAGGACACUUUUCUGCCUCACGUCGAGUGUGGGACAAUCACACUGAUUGGUGCAACAACAGAAAACCCUUCCUUUCAAAUCAAUGCAGCCUUGCUGAGUCGUUGCCGUGUCAUCGUUCUUGAGAAGCUGUCAGUAGAGGCUAUGGAAACUAUUCUGUUACGUGCUUUAAGCUCCCUUGGGAUCAGUAUACUCGGACAGGAUAAAGAAGCCGACUCUAUGGAUGGCAGCAAAGAGUCUGAGUUUCAGAUUUGUAUUGAACCAAAAGCGGUACAGAGCAUUGCAUACUUUUCUGAUGGUGAUGCAAGGGCAGCUUUAAAUGGGCUUCAUCUUGCAAUUCAGGCAAAUAUUGCAGAAGCAAAAAAGCAACAGAGCAAUAAUGGGCAACAAAAUACUCCAGCAAAGAAGAUUGUUAUUAAAGAAACACAGAUAAAGGAAGGACUUCAAAGGUCACAUUUACUGUACGAUCGAGCAGGUGAGGAACAUUAUAAUUGUAUAUCAGCGCUACACAAAACCAUGCGGGCCUCGGAUGAGAACUCUGCCCUCUAUUGGCUGGCCAGGAUGCUGGAAGGCGGUGAGGAUCCCCUGUAUAUCGCAAGGAGAUUGAUACGAUUUGCCAGCGAAGAUAUAGGACUUGCAGAUCCUUUGGCUCUGACCCAGGCAGUAUCUGCUUACCAAGGGUGUCAUUUUAUAGGGAUGCCUGAAUGUGAGGUUAUUUUGGCACAGUGUGUAGCAUACCUGGCUAGAGCACCAAAGUCUGUUGAGAUUUACAGGGCAUAUGAAGCUGUUAAGGAAUCUGUGAGGAAUCACAAGGGACCCUUGCCUCCUGUUCCACUACAUCUAAGAAAUGCACCUACAAAACUCAUGAAGGAUCUUGGCUAUGGGAAGGGUUAUAAAUACCCUCCAAACGAUAAAAUGGAGGAUGGACCCUGUACAACAAAAGAGUAGAUGCUUUGUCACAGUGGGUUCCUUUUACCACAUCUAAUAUUAACAAAUAAUGCUGUGAAAUAAGUUCUGACCAACAAGAAAAAGAAAGCAUACAGAAUGAACCCUGCUCCUUGAAUUGUCAGCACCUUCUGCCAAUUUCAUACAUAGAGCAAGAUCUUUAUUGAAAUACUAUAAGAUUUAAGAGAGAAGAAUGUAUAGGUCUGAAAUUCAACAGGGAUUCUCCUAGUCUGUUCUAUGCCACUUUUCUGAAUGUACUUUAAGGCAAUAGAAUUCCUUCCCAAUUUGCAACUCUAGGGGAAUGAUGACUAUUUUACUGGAUUCAUAAAGAUAGAUAAAUAACUAAAUUUGUAUUAUACCUCUUAAUUAAAUUACACUGCACUUUCACAGGGUUUUGCUUAAAAUUUGGCAGAGAAGGAGCACGUCAGAACAGGAACCAUUUUCCCUUGAUUCAAUUGUUAUGCACCAUAUUCAUGUGGAGAACAGGGCCCCAUAAAUAACAGAGUUAAUAAGUUUAAUAUAGGGAGGAAAAUAAUUCACCAAAUUGGUUUGUAUUAAUUGCCAGUAAAUUGAAUGCAGGCUAAAUUUCUGUGUCACUGAAAUUUCACACAGAUGUUCAUAGAAGAAAUUUUGUGGCCUUUCUGAUUAAGAAAGCCCAGAGGAGUUAAUGUUUGAAAUGGAAUUUUAGUAUAGCAUGGGUUGCCAUUGACCUUGACCUGUGUGCUGAAUGUUCAUAACUGGGAGCUCUUGGUGUUUCAUUCUCAAAACCAGUAUUUCUUAACUUGACCAGCAAUUUGAUCAAAAAUAUACUAGAUCAGGCUUGUUGAGAUGCGGUAAACUAUUCCCAAUUUUUGGGCUAUGUUGUUGCAGAUAAUUGGCUGCGAGAAUAACAAUCAUUACUGUUCUGUACUAAAUUGUAUGUAUUAUUCUUCAGUGUGUAAAAAAAAGAUAUUUUCCAUUUUUCUAUUUGUAAAAUUUUAAACUUUACAAAUUGUAUGUUUUCUGUAUUGUUAGAUAUAUUUUUGGAAGAAUACAACAAAAGUUAUUGAUGGAAUACUUCUUGGAAUUUGUUUCACAUUUAUCAUCAAGUCUUGAUCUUGCUUCGUUACUAGUUUGUGUUUGAUACAAUUUAAAUGUGAUAUGGCAAUUGGUGAAAUGCCAAAAAUUGCAUCAACAGUAUUGUGUUAAAAGAUAAAUAUUUAUGGUCUGUAUAAAAGUGAUAGAGGAAAUAAGUUGUUGAAGUCCAUCAUAACCUUCCCACAACCCACAUGAUCAGACUUUGCAGGUGGAUGGCGAAGCAUCCAGUAUCCUGCAGCUACAGGACUUCUGUGCAUGUGCACUCAGAUGGCAAAGUCCAGCAACCUCCCAUUACCCAAGAUGAGGAAUUCACAAGGAACAUCCUGCAGCAGGUUAAAUUUGCCACAGGGAGGACUUUGCCAUUAGGUUCAGUGGAGUGAGAUAGCUGAGAGGGAGUUUGGUAAGUAUGAACUGAGUUUUUUUUAAACUCAGAAAUUCAGAAACAUCUAGAACGUUCAGCCUAUGUGACAGUUCCAGGUAAACCAGGAUUGUAGGUAAACUGGCUGUAGAAGUUCUGUACUGAGCAGAGCUUGUUCUGCUCAGCCCCAUGUGAUUGCAUUGUGGCACAGAAGACAUUGCUGUCACUCUAGGCCUCAUGAUGAGGAUUCAGUCAGCUCCAAACCUCACGAUGUGGUUGCCUAGAUUGUGCCAGGUAAUGUUGUUGCUUAUUUGGAAGUGAGCAUGAGCAGCUCACUGUUGAUUGUGAAUUCUAGCCCACUAUACUGGAGAGAAAUGUUACACUUCUGAGUUGCUAGUAAUCUGCUGU